ACGAAAGAACAAAAUUUUCAGCAUGAACAUUUCCUGCAAACGUUCAGGUAUGCAACUCCCUGAACAGAAUUCGCAAUGUCGAUUGCAUGUUUUGUUUAUUUAUUUGCUUUGCUGUUUGAUGAUAAUAAAAAUACAGUAGUCGAGUCGAGGUUUUAUUCUGUUGGCAUACGUUUGAAAAUUAAAUUUGGAUGAUCGAUUGUGAAUCUUGUUAAUCCAAACACCGGCACCAUCACCAUGAGCGAUUACGAAGAAAACAUCGUUAUAAUAGAAGAACAACCACGAGCUGAAGCUGAAGCUGUAGCUGUUAAUGAUGAUGAAGACGCAGAAGAGGAAGAAGAAGUCGAUGACUACCACUACUCCGAUUACAAUGAUCGAAGAAGAUAUGGCUGGUGGCUCAACGAUUCUGGCCGUGGACGUGAGCAAUCCGAAUGCAAGAAGUGCAAAGUUGAAGAGCCCUAUGAGUUCGUCAUAAUAAGUCCGACGAUUCUAACCAGCGCACCCAGGUUGCUGGACAUCGCCAGUGUUACGGUUGCUGCUUCUUUAUGGAACCACGUAAAUAUACCUGCAGCCGUUUUCGGUGUUACUAGUACGUGUACGAAAAAAAGCGCGGAAUGGGCUGCUUUAAGUGCAAAAGUAAUCGCAUUAGUCGUCGAAUUGAAACUUCCGAAUUCGCUGGCCGAAGUAAUCGUGAAAUAUGUUGGUAAAAUGUCGAAUGCGAUAACCGCUUGGGUGUCUUAUCAUUAUCGAACUGUGUUUUUGAAAAAUGGGCUCGAUAAGUUGGUCUAUACUCACGUGUAUCACAUCGUUUGGAAUCAUAAUGGUACCAUUAAUUGUGCCGAAACAGCUAGAAGUAUGAUGACGUCGUUGAGAUUGAGCGAAGUUGAGAAGCUCAAGUUCUUAUGCGUGUAUUGCUUAAAGGACGACAUGGACGAGAUGUCUCCGUUGUUGUAUCUAAACAAUGUUCUCGAUUACGUGAGCUGCGAGGAAAAUCCGUUGAUUUACUAUUGGUAUCGUUAUUUCAGAAAUGAAUUGAACAAGGUACCUACGAUUAAAGUCGACGACGAUUCGGAACCAUCCAUCGACGUUUAUAUGUUUCGAAACGAUAAAGUUGAUAAUUGGUCAGCUAAACAGUAUUUUUUCCAACAACUGGAUCGCGUUGAACAAGUUCGAGAGGCUAUUUGGUUAAUCGACAAACAUGGCCUCGUUUAUCAAAAAGCAGUAAUGUUGGAGUUGGAUGAAAUACAACGAUUGCACGUUUACACGGAACGAGCUGUACAGAUAAUCGCUAAUUAUUCUCGUCUUCGUAUCAGUUCGAGAUUAAUUCUGAUGACGUGGCACGAAGCUAGCCAUUUAUUGAGUCCAGAUGAGUUUUUGACAAUAUUUCAGGACUUGUUAAAAGCAGACAUCGACGAUACUGUGAUGAAAGAAAUUUGGACUAGUGCUGCCGAUGAUUUUAAACACCAUGUGCUAUCUUUCAACGAUUACGAAAUGGUGCGAAAAGUAUUUUUGGAAUGGAAAGCGAGCAUUGACCCGGAUUUUGUUUUCGUUCUGUUACACGAUUGUAGCCCGACUGUCAGAAAAACCAUCUCUACGACAACCUUUUUCAAAAUGUACUGUGAAAAAUUAUUAACGGAGCAUGCGGUGCAUGGGCUUGAUCGAUUACUGGAAUUUUGUCUGACCGAUGCUGAGGAAUCAACGCAGUUCAAAUUCAACUUGGUGAAUAGUUCGGCACGUGUCAGAGAUAUCUGCUUGGAAUUCUAUUCUACCGGUGACGCGAAUGGUUUGAAUAAUUUUCUCAGACAGCUUUUGCCAUCUUAUCCCGAUCUCGUAGUCGAGUAUAAAAAAAAUGUACUGGAUUCGACACAUGGCAUAAAUCAAUGUAUCAGUGUAAUGGAUAAUGAAGUUGACGUCUUGAAUGCCAUUUUCGAAGACACUUUACCGAAUGCGAACUCAAUUGCCGAAUUCAGAAGAAGAGUGAUUCUCUCACCAUCGAGUGUUGCCAAAUUAACAGAUUUAAUUCUUAAAAACCGUUUGGAAGUCGUGCAAAUAUGUAUAGAUCGUUUUCUCACUUCGGAUGAGGAUAAAAACACGUUGAAGCAGACACUCAUCAGUUUGAACCUGAUCCAGAAAAUAAUAACCGAUCAGGAUGCAUCAUAUUUGCAAGCUGUAAUGAUUUCGGUCUUUGGAAAUGAAAAUGCCAUAACAGAGUUCAAACGUUCGUUAUCUUUGUCUUCGAUUAUCAUCAGUAUGCUGAAAAAAAUUAUUUUUUAUCGAUAUAGUAGUUCAUCCAUAACAGAAUGCAGGUUUAGAUGGGCUUUUAAGCCCAGCGAUUUUGAAAUUAUAGACCACCUUUUAAACUGGUACUUCAAUGAGUCGGAAAUCAGAAUAAAGGCGUAUAAAAGGAAGUUAAUUUCUUCUUAUAAUCAGAUAGAAAUGUUUAAGAUUACACUGAGAGGUAGUAGAGGCGAUUCGUACUUAAGAUCGACGUUGGCCUGGUUUUUUAAAGACGACGCCGAAGAAAAAGCUAAAUUCAGAAGUAGUGUAAGUGGCAAAAUUGCUUCUCUGUUGUAUUAGACUGUCUGAUGUGUUGUUUUAGGUCAAAUAGAUUUUGUAUAUUUUUGGUACCUAUUAUUGUUGUAUUUUUUUUUUCGUGGUGAAUUUGUUUAUCAAAACAGAUAUGAAUGUAUAGAUUAUGUUUUACCAUUCAAUUUAUUGUUAACUUGUUUGUGUUGGUCAAGAAUUGACUUAUUUUGAAUAUUACUAUCGUGUUGAUGAAUAAACUUGUUUUGAUUUUUAAUAAAAUUAUUA